AUGCCUGGCCAGGAGCCUGAGGACUUUGGAGCAGAAAUCCUGUCGGAAAAGUCGCGGAUGAUCCCUGGGCUCCCCCCGUAUGACAUGGACGAGCAGCUCCUGCCCAGGCAGCCCCGCAGCCCCUGCUGCUGCCUGGCCUGGACCCUGCUGAUAGGAACCAUGAAUUCCUUGGUUUUCCUCCUGAAUUUGCUCCUGAUGUUUGUUAUUUUCACCGUCGUGCUGCUUCCUACCAUCGUGGUGGUUUACUUUGGCUUCCAGUGCCACUCCCAGGUGCUGCACUCCUCUGCCCGCUACUGCAAGAGCAUCCUGGACGACAACAGCUCCUCUGCCCUCAUCAUCCUGGGCUUUGUCAUCAUGUCCCCCCUGCUGGUGGUGGCCAUGGCCAUCUACUGCAGCCUGGCCCGGCGCCUGCAGCUCCUGGUGUGCUUCCAGCCCUACAGCCUGGCCCUGUACAAGGGGGGCCGCUGCUGCCGCCCUGGGGAGGGGGCUCUGUGCUGUGCCAGGGGCUGCAGCCGCCAGCUCAAGGCCUGGGUGUGA